CCUCUCCCCACACUCCCUUUCUAUUUCAAAAGAAAGAUUUCUCAUUGAGAUUUGCACCAAAUCCUCUCCAAAUCUCCCCACUUUCUCCUUUCCUUCCUAUAUCAACCCCCCUCUUCUUUUCUUCUUCCUUUACCACUACCACCACCACCCAUUCCUUCUUCUUCUUCUUCUUCUUCUUCUUCUUCUUCUUCUUCGAGCAAAAGAGAAAAAAGACAAGCAUGGCCAUUGUUGCUGAUUCCCAGUUUCAUGUUCUUGCUGUUGAUGAUAGUCUCAUGGAUAGAAAGCUCAUUGAGAGACUACUCAAAACCUCUUCUUAUCAAGUGACAACAGUUGAUUCUGUGAGCAAAGCUUUGGAGUUUUUGGAUGGACAACAACAUGAAAUUGAAGUGAAUUUGAUUAUAACUGAUUACUGCAUGCCUGAAAUGACUGGCUAUGAUUUGCUCAAGAAAAUCAAGGAAUCAUCUUCUCUGAAAGACAUUCCUGUUGUCAUCAUGUCUUCAGAAAAUGUGCCUUCAAGAAUCAACAGAUGUUUGGAAGAAGGAGCAGAUGAAUUUUUUCUGAAGCCAGUGCAGUUAUCAGACAUGAAAAGAUUGAGACCUCACUUAUUGAAAGGGAAAUUUAAGGAACAAGAUCAAGAACAAGGAAAGGUGAUGGGUAAUAAUGGAAACAAGAGAAAAGCUACUGAUGAAGAGAUUUUACCAGAGAAGAGAAGGACUAGAUUUUCAACUAGUCAUUCAAUCUUGUGAUUUUUAUUAAUUUACUGAUAUAUAUAAGAUUUUCUUUCUUUUUUUUUUUUAAGGAAAAGUUUAUAUCUCUGAUAAAAUAGAGUUUCAAUGUUGUUUGUGUAAUCUUUUAGAAAUUCAA